GUUGUGUAACAAUAUUGGCAGUAAUGUACAUUUGUAUCUUAUGCAUAUAUUUUGCUUACAGGUUUGCAUGAGGAAAAAUAUAGUUUGGAUAUGUGUAAGAAAUUAUUACGUGCAUACUGAUGACAGAAGACACAAAUAACAGAAUCGAACAAUUGAUGCACCUUCUUGAGUGCUUCGUAAAUUUCAACUGGGGUGGCAGAACACGUCAAGAUAAGCCGGCGGAGUAAACGCGUGGUGAGUGUGCGGUUUUCUCACACUCGAAGAUGGUGGUGUGGCUUGAUGCUGGGAAUUGUGUUGGGAUGUGCUGCUGCAGCAACACUUCUCACAAGGAUGGAUGGUUCAGACCCCACCAAUGUCUUGGGACUAACUCCUCGCGAGGUGCGGCUGGCAGAACGUGUGCGGGAGAUGGAGCAGCAGAACCAGCUGUUGCGAAGGCAGCUCAGCAUAUCUCAAAAUCAGUUGAUCCAGGCUUGGGGGGAUGACCGAGAAGAGGGGGCUGAGAAAGGGGCGGAAGGCGUUGGUAAUAAAGCUUCUGAUAGAUGCAAGGAUAAGGAAUUUGGUGUAGGAAAGUGUGAAGUGCUACAUAUUGCUAUAGUAUGUGCUGGCUACAAUUCCUCCCGCUCUGUGGUCACUCUCUUGAAGUCUCUCCUCUUUUUCCGCCGCAAUCCUCUUCACUUCCACAUGAUUGUUGAUGCCAACGCCCAAGUUGUUCUCCACACAUUGUUCUCCUCUUGGAAUGUUCCUCAUGUGGAAGUGAGUUUUUAUUUGACUGAUAACUUGGCCCCAGACAUUUCCUGGGUACCUAACAAGCAUUAUUCUGGAGUGUUUGGCCUCAUGAAACUUACCCUCAACAAAGCCUUACCAUCCUCACUCAACCAAGUCAUUGUACUGGAUACUGACAUCACUGUUGCUACAGAUAUUGCUGAACUGUGGAAUAUUUUCUCCAAGUUUGGUCCAAAACAGUACCUUGGUCUGGUGGAAAAUCAGAGUGAUUGGUAUUUAGGCAAACUUUGGAAGUCACACCGGCCAUGGCCAGCACUGGGACGAGGGUUCAACACGGGGGUUAUUCUCAUUCGGUUGGAUGAGAUGAGGCGCAGCAACUGGUCCCAGCUGUGGAAAUUGAUUGCUGAGAGGGACCUGACCACCCUUUUCUCCACUCAGCUGGCAGACCAGGAUAUUAUCAAUGCUGUAGUCAAGCAACACCCUGAAGUGGUGUACACGUUGCCCUGUCAGUGGAAUGUGCAGCUCUCAGACAACACACGCUCUGAACUGUGCUACCUUGAGGUGAUGGACCUGAAAGCCAUUCACUGGAAUUCUCCAAAGAAACUCAAGGUGAAAAACAAACAUGUUGAGUUCUUCCGCAACCUCCACCUCACUUUCCUGGAGUAUGAUGGCAACUUGCUGCGUCGUGAGCUGUUUGGAUGCAAUCACUCCAGAACCAAUGCUGCUACAAGCCCUCUGGCCCAGCUGAAUGAGGAAGAUGAGUGCUAUGAAUUCCGCCGUGCAUGUCAGACCCAUUACCGCACUCAUCUGUUUUUCCUGGACCAUGACUAUGACCCAACUGCUGAUGGCUAUGAUGUUACCCUAGUUGCUACCCUUUCCAUGGAUCGUCUGCAGAUGGUGGAACAACUACUUACACACUGGGAUGGACCAGUGAGUCUGACAUUAUACAUAUCUGAUGCCGAGGCUCAGCAAUUCCUGGCUUACACUCAAAGCUCUGAGAUAAUUGCCAGCAGAAAAAAUGUAGCAUAUCAUGUUGUAUAUAAAGAAGGGAAUUUCUUUCCAGUGAAUUUCCUGCGCAAUGUUGGGGUACAGCAGGUAAACACACCUUACAUCUUCCUCACGGAUAUUGACUUCCUUCCAAUGCUUGGGCUGUACAGCUACCUGCGCCGCACUUUGCAGUCCCUCCAUCCUGACAAUUCCAGGACGGCAUGGGUAGUUCCAGCCUUUGAGACCCAGCGGUACCGCCUUGCAUUCCCUCGCAGCAAGGCAGAACUACUCAACCGACUGGACAUGGGAGAACUGUUCACCUUUAGGUACCAUGUGUGGACCAAGGGCCAUGCACCCACUAACUUUGCCAAGUGGAGAACAGCAACUACUCCUUACAAGGUGCCUUGGGAGCAAGAUUUUGAACCGUACAUUGUGGUGCGAAAGGACGUUCCCGAGUAUGACACACGCUUUGUGGGUUUUGGCUGGAACAAGGUUUCUCACAUUAUGGAGCUGCAUGUGAUGGGAUUUGAAUUUGUUGUACUUCCCAAUGCUUUCAUUGUACACAUGCCUCACGCCCCAAGUCUUGACAUUGCCAAGUUCCGCACAUCCCCACAGUACAAGCGAUGUGUAAAGAUUCUCAAGAGGGAGUUUGUAGACGACCUCAACAAGAAACACAACAGUGACAUAUCCCUUCUGUAAAUGUUAUAUAGCCACUGUGUGGCCACUUCCCCAAAAAUAAGUUUAAAAAAUAUAAUGAAUGGCUCACCAGCAAACACAAAGUGUAAAUUACUCAUCAGGUAAUGUCUGGUAAGACAGCUUGAUGAACUUGCCAUAUUGUGUGUCUAGUAUGAAAGGCUGUAGAAUGUGUGUAAUAUGCUUCAUUAUAUCAUGUUUUUUUUUUUUUUUUGGUAGUAUGAUAUAAUAUGUGACAUGAUUGUCAGAUAGAUGUGUACUUAGAUGUUAGUAAUAAUGUUGCUUGAUCAUUAAGUUUUACAAUAUAUGGUGCUUCAAAAUUUAUAAAUGAACUCUGUGGGACCAUUAGUUUUAUUUUUCAGUAUAGAUGUGCCCACUAUGUAUUUUGAUAUUCUUUUAUAUCAAUAUUAAACAUACUGUGCUUCCAAGUUUGAAUAUUGUAGGUGUAGGUUAUGCUUUUUCUUAUUAUCAUGUGUACAACAGUAUUUUAAUAUAUCAAAGCUGCAUUGUAAUAUUUACAGAUUGAUAAUUCUUGGUUCAGGAUUUUAACAUCCAGGAACCUCUAAACAUCCUUUUUUUUUUUCUGAACAUCCUUUUUCUUUGAUUAAGUAUUGAAAGACAUAGCAAAUGAAAAAGUUUCAUAUUUACAUUGAGUUCCAGAGUUACCAUUUGUUGCUUUCAUUAUUGAAAAAUGCAUCUUAUAAUAAGUGUCAUUGAUUAUUAAACACAAAUUUGAAAAUUAUUUAAACUGGAUAGGGCCAUGUGUUAUUCAGUGUAGUGGUUCCUUGACUUACAAAUUCCCUAACUUAUAAAUUUUUCAAGAUUUAAACUUGCUUCACAUGUUUUUAUACAAUAUUUGUUAUUUUUAAAUGCAUUUUUUCCCCGUUUUCAAUAUUUUGAGUGAAGAAUUGUCAGUGUGUACUGUAAACCAUUGAAGCAGUUGUGCCAGCCAAGGAAGGUUCCCUGUUUUACUGCACAAGUUAUUUAUUCACCUUAUUGUUCUUGUUGUAAAAUUUGUACCUGAGUGAAUUAUAUAUAUAUAUAUAUAUAUAUAUAUAUAUAUAUAUAUAUAUAUAUAUAUAUAUAUAUAUAUAUAUUUCUUUUUCUUUCUUUUUUUCAACAAUAAGCAAAUUAAGGUUUACAAUAAUUUUUUGUGAUUGAAGGCAAAAUUUGGUUUUUACCACCUUCAUUCAUAUCACACAAGAGCUUUAGUGUAAUUUUUCAUAUUGUGUCUAAGAAAUGGUUAAUGUGUUAUAUCUGUUAGUGUAUUAUAUCAUUAUCUUGGAUUUGUGUAAUCAGGUAGUGAACACUAUGAAUGUUUGUAUCAAACUGAUGCCCAUCUUUUGAUUUUUUUAUUAAUAUUUAUUUAUUAUUUUUUGCUCAUUAUGUUAUGAGUAAGGCAGUAUUUACUCUAAUGUUUUGAUUAGAAGAGAAAAGUCAUCAUUGCUGUGUGUGCUGCCCUCAGAAGGAAAAGUUCACACACACACAUUUUGUUUAACUUUUUAUUAGUAUGUUCUAGAUCCUGAUUAAAAUUAUGGCAAUAGGAUUUGCAAUGCCAUACCAUUGCUUCAAAGACCAAAUACUCAAUCAAUUACUUUGUUUUAACUGAACUAGAUAUGAAGAAACAUUAUGUAUUAUUUUCUGUAGUGAGUGAUGGAGCAGCUACAAUUAUUGAGUUUCAUGUAUUUCUCUCUGAGUAAUAAGGAUUAAGUAAAUUGGUUAUAAAGAACACAUAUCAAGCCAUCUGCUGGAUUUACAGCCUCCUUAAGCAAACACCACUGCAAUCAACGUUCUGAUGCCUUCAUACAUAUUGCAUAUUAAUAUUUUAAGUUUAUACGAAGGACAAAAUGUUUAUGCAUGUAUGUAAAGAUGCUCAGUGCAAAGGAGGUGUUUUCUUGAAGUGCAUUGUGUAGUCUUCUCAGAGAGGAAGGGUAAUCUUAAGUAAGCAAAAACUUUGAUUCAGGUGUGUUGUGAAUCUCAAUGUUGUGUAAGUUAAAUAUUUUCAUCAUUGAAUUUUGUUACUUAUCAAAAAAGAAAAACCUUUUUGUUUUUAUUGUUAUUAUUUAUUUAUUUAUACAGUUAUAUAGGGUGGUUUAGAAGUAUGAUAUUCUGUUUGCAAAGAAACAUUAAGAUUCUACCUAGUGAAAUCUGAAUGUUAUGAAAAUUGAGUUUAUACCACAUAUUGUUUAUUAUGUACUAUAUGGUGAACUAGCAUUAUAUACAGCGGUACUUUUUUAGCUAUCUUCUGAUGUUUAGCCAACCAGAAUAUUUUUCUUAAAGACAAAUAUUUCGGAUAAAAAAGAAAACAUUACUGCAAUUUUCAACUUUUAAGAGAACUGUAAACAUAUAUUUGUUCCAUUCCAUACUCUUUUCUUAGUAAAUCUGCUGAAAUUACUAUAGAUAAGUUAGCAAAUUGACAACAAGUCAAGAAAAAAGGAAGUUGGCAUAUGAAAAAUAGAAAUGCAACGUACGUUUAUUUACCUUUGUUAGGAAUUGCAAUAAUUCAUCCAACCAUCCAGAAUCAGACACAAGUGUAUUUCCAGUUAAUUCAUACUGGGAGAUAGUUGCUCCUUUAAGAAAUGCUUGACUUGACUCUGAUUGAUAUGAUCAGGGUUCUAUAAUUAUGAAGUAUAAAUCAAAUACAAUAUAUAAUGUGACUAAACUUACUAAUAAUGUUUAUGUAUAACAAGUGAGUAUGUGUACAAUUUUACAUAAGGUUUUAGCUCUGAAGAAUACAACAUACAACAUAUUCAUCUUGAAUAAUAUAUCAAUCUACCAAGUUAGUCACUACAUUCUAGAUAUACAGAGUAUGUACAUCUAGAGGUUUGAUGGAUAUGUAAUAGCAUAAUAGUGAUAUGAACUCUCAUCACAGUGCAUUCAUUCAUGGUGCUUCCAAAGUGCCAAGUGGUAGUGCUCUCAAUGACAUCGAAGAAAAAGAUCUGUUCAAAUAACCUGUGGCCAAAAGUUUAAUAGUAGUAUAUUAUAUUUAGUUA